UCUGCGCAUCAAGUUCUAACGGUAACGUCCUGCGAUUUGCUGUGGCAUUCGAAAUUGCAGUGAGCCCAGUAGCUAUGAGUCAUAACGAGGACUACCGACGUGAUAGAUACGUCUCUCGCCAGUACGCGUACAAUCGAGAUGGAUCUGACUCACAUUGGUACGACUCAACACGUGGCAGAUAUGGUAGUGACGGCUAUAAUGAUUGCAGUCGAUCGGAUUCCCAUGGCUACGGAUAUCACCGGGAUUAUGACGUUUCCUCGCAGUACGGAGGUGGAGCCUCGAGGUACAGCGACUCUCCUGGGGAACACGACCAAGGUCACAGUGGCUAUGAUCGAGGAUACGGCGACUACGGUGAGGGCUACAAUGAUCGAUUCGGAUCGCAUGGAGGGUACGCUAGCUGGGGGAACCAAGGUGGCCACGGUAAAGGGAGAGAUCGAGAACGCCAUGAUCGUAGCUAUGGAGGAGAUAGAGGCGGUGGCCACGGACGUGACGACCGUGGCUACGGCCGGCAACGAGACUAUGGAAGCAACGAUCGUCCUGGAGAAGAAGAUCGUGGUUAUGAUGGAGGCCAUCGCAACCGCGACGGACGCGGAGAAAGGGGCCGGAGAGGCGGUCGUGGAGGCAGUGGCUCUCAAGAAGGCCCUGGUGCAGGCUUUAUCUCUGGCUCUGGAUACGAGCUGA